AUGGCGAACCACCAUCCCUCACCGCAGAUGCCUAUGCAAAUGCAUCACGGUCCCCAAGGGCCACCGCCCCCAGGCGCUGCUCAUUACCCCCCUGCACAACCACAACCUGCCCCUUCAAGGCAAAUCAGCACUGUCAAUGAGCUUUUGUGGUUGCAAAUUGGAAGCUUCUCCGAGCUUCUAGGUAGCCUUGACGAUGCCAUGAAUGCCUACGAGCAUGCCCUCCGGGCGAACCCGAACUCCGUUCCCGCCAUGAAUGCGAUCAGCUUGAUUCUUCGCACUCGCGAGGAGUUCCACAAGGCAGUCGAGUUUCUGCAAGCCAUACUGAAGAUUGAUGAAAGAAACGGCGAAGUCUGGGGCAGUCUCGGUCAUUGCUACCUCAUGAUGGAUGACCUGCAACAGGCAUAUGCCGCUUACCAGUCAGCAUUGGUCAACCUCCAAAACCCCAAGGAGCCCAAGCUUUGGUACGGCAUAGGUAUCCUGUAUGAUCGAUAUGGCUCCCUGGAGCACGCCGAAGAGGCGUUUUCUCAAGUCAUGCAAAUGCAGCCUGAUUUUGAGAAGGCCAAUGAAAUCUACUUUCGACUUGGUAUUAUAUACAAGCAGCAACAGAAGUAUGGACAGAGUCUUGAGUGCUUCAACUACAUUGUCACUUCUCCGCCGCCGCCUCUGACUGAGGAGGACAUUUGGUUCCAGAUUGGCCAUGUCCACGAGCAGCAAAAAGAUUAUGACAGCGCCAAAGCGGCAUACGGCAGAGUCCUCGAGAGAGAUCCCAACCACGCCAAGGUCUUGCAACAACUUGGCUGGCUCCACCACCAGCAGAGUAGCAGCUUCUCUAGCCAGGAGCGAGCCAUUGAAUAUCUGGAGAAGUCAGUAAGCGCUGAUAAUAACGAUGCGCAAAGCUGGUACUUGCUCGGUCGGUGCUACAUGUCCCAGCAGAAAUAUCCCAAGGCCUACGAAGCAUACCAGCAGGCCGUCUAUCGAGACGGUCGAAACCCAACCUUCUGGUGCUCUAUCGGAGUACUCUACUACCAGAUCAAUCAGUACCGUGAUGCGCUCGAUGCCUACUCCCGGGCGAUCAGAUUGAACCCGUACAUCAGCGAGGUUUGGUAUGAUCUGGGCACUCUGUAUGAGAGUUGCAACAACCAGAUCACUGAUGCCUUGGAUGCCUACCAAAGAGCUGCAGAGCUCGAUCCUUCCAACCCGCACAUCAAGGCUAGAUUGCAGCUGUUGCGCCAGGGACAAAGCACUGGACAUCUUCCUCAAGGCCCUGCCCCUGUACCUACCGAUGUGCAUCCCCAAACCUACGGUGCUCAGGGUCCCCAGGCACCGCAAUGGACCGGCGCAUCCGCUGCCCCUCAACAGCAGCAGCAGCAACAACAACAACCGCAGCAACAGCAACCGCCUGGCCGUCCCCCCGUUGGACCGGGUGGUGCUAAUGGCUGGGGCAGUCUGCGUGAUGUCAAUCCUCCACAGCCGCCAAACCCGUAUGACCAGAGAGAGCCAUUCCGAGGCCCUGCACCGCCAAUGCCGCGUCAGCCUAGCCCUCGCGCAGAAGCUCAGAUGAGACCUUACGGCGAUGCUGGCCGCCAGGUACCUCCGCCAGGACCUGCCCCUAUCCGCCGUGGCCCAUCUCCCGGACCACCUCACUACGGGGCUCCACCUCCUCCCUCGCAGCCUCAGCCUCCAGCUUCAGCAGGACAGGCUCGGGUCAGUAACCCCAACUAUACACCGGCACCGACGGCAAGCAUGUCUCAAUCGAGCAACGGACCGCCGAGUGGCCCCCCGAAUGGCGCUGCACCACCACCGCACUUGAUGCCUUACCGAGCUGGAUCUCCCCGGCCAGACUCGAGACCUACCAUGCGUGAUAACCGCAUGCCUAGUCCCAAGUCGGCUUACCCCCAGUAUCAACCACCGCCUCAUGGUCACCACCCAGAGGCUGGUCCUAGUAGCAUGGAUAACGGUCUACCCACUCCUCUCAAGGGCCCCAUGGGCCCAGAUGGUCCUCAGCAUCGCGCUGACAAUCGUCCUCCGUCUGUUGGACCCAAGCGCAUGCGUGAAUGGGAAGAUGAGCCUGCAAUCAAAAAGCCUGCUUCCGAGGAGAAUCGCGCUCUCAUCCACGACAUGCGCCACCGUCGCCCUUCAACGCCCCUCCGGGGCGGGCCAGAGCCAUAUCGUCGAACAUCACCCGAACAGCACCGCCUCGAGGAGCAACGUCGGUUGGAUGAUCAGCGACGUGCUGAAGAUCAGCGUCAUGCUGAAGAACUUCGAAGAGCUGAUGAACAGCGUCGUGCCAAUGAUAACUACCACCCGUCAGAGGCUGCUCAUCACCAGCCUGCACACCCAAUGUCGACGCACUUGCCACCAAUGCAGCAAGGCCCUUCGCCAAUGCAGGGUAUUAUUCACGAUGGCCCAUCACACAACGGCCCAGGGCCAGUGCAGGCCAAGGAAUACCCUCAGGAAGAACGACCAAGAAAUGAGCAUCCUGCGGCUCCUGCACCGGCCCCAACGCCCACACCACAGCAGGUCAACGAGCCAGAGCGAGCAGCUCGCAAGAUGGACGUUGACGAGGAUUAUGAUGACAGUGGCGAGGAAGAGAAGAAGGUCAAUGUUACUGGCCCUGCUUCUGGGCCAGCGUCUGCCACUGGAGAGCUUAAGACGUCAACACCGACGAGUGCUGGUAUGAAUGGAUUAAUGGGACCGGCGCCCAAGACGGAGGGUACGGCAUAA